AUCAUUUCUCGUGCAGCAUUGCAAGUGUGCAAGUCGGUCGAAAAGGAAUAUUGUGAAAACCCUUAACUCAGUGACUUUGAGCUUAAUUUUUUAAAGAACUUGUGGUUGCGCUUUUUAAUUAAGAACCGCAGCGUAUUAAUUGAACAAUCAAUUUCAAGAGCAAGCCAAUUGUGAAAACCCAUGGUGGCAAACAGUAAUUGCUGAGAUGUCGGAAAAGAAUAUUAAAACAGCGAAUCCAGAGAACAGCAAAGGACUAGAAACUGACAAGGAUGCUGAUGGCAAUUCAGAUAGUACGGCGGAGGCGGAAGUUACGCCCACGGAAGAAGGUCCUGCCACCUUCGACAAGGCGAUCGAAGGAGCUGGCUUCGGAAUCUUCAAUCUGAUGCUGCUGAUCGUCUCCAUUCCCGCCCAGAGUGCCGCCAUAUUCGAGUCCAGCUCAAUGUCCUACAUCCUGCCAAUUGCCGAGUGCGAUCUUCGCCUGACGCUGGAGGACAAAGGUGUGCUGAAUGCUGUGGCCUACGCGGGCAUGACCAUCUCGGCCAUUGCCUGGGGCUAUCUGGCGGAUACGAAGGGUCGCAAAAAGAUCCUCUACUGGGGCUAUCUGAUCGAUGCUGUGUGCGUGUUUGGCAGUGCCUUGAGUCAGAACUUCAGUAUGCUGGUCAUGUUCAAGUUCCUGGGGGGCUUGGUGGUAAAUGGGCCGGCAGCUGUGCUGUUCACCUAUCUGACUGAAAUGCACGGACCCAAGCACCGAUCUUCCGUUCUGAUGAUCGUGGGCAUGGUCACCUCUACGGCGACGGUUUCGCUACCUCUUUUGGCCUGGGGAAUUUUCCCCAGAGAUUGGGACUUUGAGUUCUGGGGCUUGCAAGUCCGCAGUUGGCAAAUUUACCUGUUUGUGCUGGGCAUUCCCAGUUUGAUUAGCGGUUUGAUCUUCUGCAGCAUGCCGGAGAGUCCGCGGUUCUUAAUGGCCCAAGGACGCAACGAGGAGGCGCUCCAGGCCUUUAAGCAGAUAUACCAUGUCAACACUCGCAAGCCCAAGGAUAGCUAUCCAAUAAAAGCUCUUAUUCAGGAAGCUCCCAAUCGUAAGGCUGGCCAGAACGAGGUUAUCUACACCAUCGAGGAGAAAUCCGGAGAGGUGCCAACCAAGCGACAGUCCCGUACCCUGGCGGAGAGCCUCCGAGCCGGGCUGCAGCAGAUGAAGCCGCUGGCCAGGAAGCCCCUGCUGGGUUUGGCCAUCUGCUGCUAUGUGAUGCAGUUCGGCAUCUUCCUGGGCAUGAACACCAUCCGUCUGUGGCUGCCGCAGCUCUUCGCCUCCAUGGCGGAGUACGAGGCCCUGCACGCCGGCGACGGAUUGGAUGCCAGCAUGUGCACCAUCCUCGAGUUCAGCGUCAAUCGGACGGCUGAGACAGCUCUGAAUUACGCCGACGCCUGUUCCGAGCCCAAGGUAAUUUCGAUGGACAUGUAUCUGAAUAACAUUAUUGUUUCGGCCACGGGCUUUGUGGGCUACUUCUUUGCCGGUGGAAUCGUGCGGGCUCUGGGUCCAAAACGCAUGAUGACUUACGGAUUGUUUCUGUCGGGAACCUUUGGCCUGAUGCUCUACUUCUCCGUGAGCAGUCUAAUGACACUCAUUGUGUCUGCCACUUUCCUUACGAUUACGGGAAUUGCUGUCUCCUCACUUUUGGGUGCUGUGGUGGCCCUGUUUCCCACACAAUUGAGAACCGUUGUGGUUGCCAUUGCCAUGAUGUGCGGACGCUUUGGUGCCCUGUCCGGAAAUUUACUCUUCCCCGUCUUCGUUCAAAUCGGAUGUUUGCCACCAUUUAUAAUGGUCUCCUCAGUGCUGAUAUUAUCUGGCAUCCUGUCAAUAUUUCUGCCUGACCCAGCAAAGGCAACGUUUUCUUAGAAGAAAAUAAUAAUACAAUAAAAACUAGACCUAGGAAUGCCCAUUUACUUAGAAUCGGAUCUUGCGACAUUAGCUUUUGUUUAGUUUUACAAAUUAGAGAUAACGACUCAACUGGAUUAGAUAGGCGCUGAACAACUAUUUAUAUUUACCUUAAGUAAUCAAACCAAAUAUAUCUUUAUUGUUGUACAAAUUA